CUCCGACGGAAACCUUAUCGAAACUUUUUGUAUUAUAUUAAUUAUAUUUUUUACCUUAUCAGUUAGUGUUCGGCUAUACGCAACAGCAUCUGUAAUUAGGUAGAAGUUUAGGUCGGGAGAGUUUCCGGAAAUUUUCAUGAAAAUGGGAAAACAUCUGCAAACUGUUGCUGCGAUGGCAUGCAUGAAGAGUUUUUUGAUGGUAUUUAAUAUCGUAUUCUGGGUUUCUGGAAUAAUAAUACUGGCUAUUGGAAUAUGGGUGGAAGUGGAGUUAUACAAGUACAUGGAGAUGAGUACGGCAUUCAAUCGUACUGCCCCAUAUGUCUUUAUAGUAACGGGUCUGCUGAUCAUCCUUGUGGGUUCAUUUGCCUGCUGCUGUACUGUAAAGGGACAACCGAUUCUUUUAUACAUAUAUGGCGUAUUUUUGGCUGUGAUAUUCAUAUUAGAACUCGGCGCUGGAAUAUCCAUAUUCACAUAUCGAGCGAAAUUGACCGAAGGAUUCGACCAAGGACUGACUCAAGCUAUGCAAAACUAUCUGAACGACAGUGCUCAUUUGGCACAAGACUUCGAUUUAAUGCAAGAAACGCUGCACUGCUGCGGAAAUCAUCAGCCCCGUGAUUGGUUAGACUUGCCACACCCCCAACCAAUCCCUCAAUCUUGUUGUAUUCAAGAUAAUUGUACCACGGAAAAAGAAGAUCAAAUCUAUAGUCAGGGAUGUUAUACGAAAAUCAUCGAAUUUCUGAACGGCAACGUAGGUAUCGUCGCAGGAGCAGCUGUUGGGAUCGCAUUCUUCCCCUUGGUAGGCGUCAUCUUAUCCUGCUGCCUAGCUAAGGUGAUCAACAAAGCAAAAUACGAACAAAUGGCUUAAGCUAGAACGUAUACGAUAUAUUGACGAGCUCAAGUUAAAGGUUUGUCCUUUAUACUAAAGAAAUGUAUUAUGAGAAGUAGAUAACUCUAAUAUUAUAUAUUUUUUUAGUUCUUUUUAUAUAGGUAUCAACUGUUUUAUUGUAAGAUGUUAUUGCUUUAAAAAUCGCCUCGACUUUUUCUUUAUUUUAAUUAUUUUUAACGCUUUUACUAAAAUUCGAUAUGAUAUUUUGUUAUGAUAGUCAAUACUUACUUACAAAAUGUUGUAUACAGUUGAUAUUGACAAAUAUUAUUGAAAAUAAAGAAAAAAUCUUUGAGUUUUUUAUUAAUGUUAAUGAUUUUAUUUAUUAAUUUUUUAACUUAACUAUUUUCGCAGGGUUGCUCAUUUAAACGUACCCAUAAUUAUUUCCUUUUCUUUAAAAAUCAAUGGUUUAUAUGAAAAGAACAACAGUUUCUUUUUUUAUCAAUAAAAUAAUUUAAAAUUUGAUCGUAUCUUAUAAAAAAACUUAUGUAUUUAUGAAGCUAAAUGCGCAACCAUGCAAGAUCCGAUUGAAUUAAUGCCCACUGUUAACUCCAUCCACUAUAUUUGUCUUGAGUCUCGUUUGGUUGCUAUUUUAAAUCAGUAUAAUAAAAAAAAACCUUUUUAUCUUCAAGAAGUGUAUUUUUUUCUGGAAAAGUAAUUAUCCAGAGGUUUUGGAAUCCUAAAGUUAAAAAAAUGAGGGUCAAAUAGACAUACAAGCUUUUUUGCUAUUUUUCAUAGCGAAUUGUGGAUCCGUCCGUGGUUCGGUGGAUCCGUCCGGGUUGCUAUUGAAUUGGAACCCACUGUUAACUUCAUCCACCCUAUUUUUUGUUUUUUUUUCAUCUAUCCGCUCUCAUUUUGUUGUUGCUUUAGAUCAGUAUAUAUCCAAAAGUAAUCAUCAUUAUCAUCCAGCCCUUUACGUCCACUGCUGGACAUAGGCCUUACUCAUUAUAGUCCUUUGUGCUCUAUCUUGACCAUUUCUAUAUUUAAUUUUUAUUACAAAAAGUAAACGUUUACUUUAUCCAAAAAGUAAACGUUUUAAUAAAUUUUAAAACACACAAAGCCUCUAAGUCUUUGAUUUCUAAGUGCUACACGUAAAUUAUUAUUAUUUUCAAGAUGUAUUUUUUACCUGGAAAAGUUAUUUUGAUUCAAGUCAGUGAACAAUAUAUUACAUAAUGAAUCAUGUUAUAUAAUGGAUGGUGAUUGUAAUUUGUUUAUUAAUUUUUCUAUUUCUUUUUAAUACAGCGUUAAUAAUUACAAUUCCCUUGGUUAUUAAAAUAAAUUGUUGUUUGGGAUAAAAUGAUCUACCCUGUAUUAACAUUGUAAAGAUUUAAGCAUUUAAUGUAAUAUUAUUCAAUUUUUUAUGUACUUACACUUUAAAAUUAAUAAUACAAAACAAUGCACAACCGUUUUUUUUUCUGUUACAGUUUUUAGUUAAAUUCUGCGAGCUGUGGUUGUAUAGUCAGUACCAAAAAUGCAAUGUAAAAAUUUAAGAAUUUACUUUUUAUUUAUUUUCCUACAGUUUUUCCAAACAUUUUUGUUUGUUUUUAGCUUUUUAAAUUUUUUUGUUUUCUUUUAUUUUUACUUAUUUUCGUUACUAGGUCGCCCCAUUACUUCAGAGUUUUUGUUAUUACAUUUGUUUAACAAGAAGCGUCCGCAAAAUUAAUAUACUUUUUUGAUAGAUUUGUGAUGUAAAAUUUGUUGUAACACUCCAUAUACCCUGAACGUAUAUUUAAAAUAACUUAAAAAGAAAGAAAUUUAGUUAAGAGAUUAAAUUAUACUGACUGUACAUACCGAGCUUUUCGUCCCUGUAUUUACAAUGAAUAAAAAAAUAAAAAAUAUAAACCUUUAACCCUUCUAUAAACCUACUCCAAAUCACAUUUUCUCUUAAAUAUUUACCUCUAUGAGCUUUAUCGAUGCACUUUCUAUAUAAAUGUAAUCUAUAAUCCUACUGUUAAGCUUUUCCUGUAUAUUUAUAUGUGUCCUAUAAAUAAAAAUCAAAUGUGAUGUUUGGUGAUAUGCCGUAUUCAUGAAGGUGAGACACAACGAAUUAUAUUUUGCUUUUCUGAGACACACAUUGGUAGUAUUCGUCUCAAGAUGUAAUCAUACGGUACUCUAUUGACUAAAGUUCCACGUUCUAAGUAUAUAUUUGUUAUUUAUUCAUAGUUAGAUAUAUUUUUAGAUCGUAAUAUAAUGAAGUAAACUAAAACCAACAAUUUGCGAAAUUAUAUGACACUAACUUUGGCUACGUAGCUACGUGUUUAAAAAGUAUUAUAAAAUGCCUAAAUUUCAGGCGCUAAUAUUAAAUUUUCGAUAUCGUUAUAUUUGGGAAACGACAUCAACUAAAAUAAAAUGAUGUAUGAUAAAUGUUAAUAUGACGUAUCCGUUGACAUACAUAUCCAAAACAGCUUCUUAAAUGAAGGAACCCAAAAAUAACAAACAUAUGUAGAGAAAAAAAAACAGAGUAUGAAAAAAUAACUUUCUCAAAACAUCAACGGAUUUACAGCAAGGGGCAAAAUUAAUCAAUAGUAAUGAAUUAAAUAAGAUAUGACAACUCAGCUGUACGCUAUUAAUCAUAUUUAAAUUACGAAUGGAGUGUACACCAUGUGUACACGAACUCUCAUUGUUGGUUUUACAGUAGCUAAUAUAAUUGCAUUCUGAGGAACAAAUAUAGGUAUAGAGACAGACAGCAUAUCAAUUUUAACACCAAAACUUUUUCAUGUUAUUAGUCAAUUAUCAUUCUAAUUUUGAUAAGUUAUUCUUCUAAACUUAAAAAUGCAUGUUUUAAAAAUUGUCAAUUAAAUUGCUUGCCUUCUAUUGUUCUUAUAAGUCUAAUUUUAGUUAAUGUAAAAUCUGAAAAUAAAUUAUACAGUAUUGUUAUUGAGUCUUUCAUAUUUAAAUUGUUUUAACUGAAUCUUCUUAGGUAAUAAAAAUAAAUGGAAUAACUUUACUGGAUGUAUGUACUUUAUAAAUCUAUAUUGUAGCUAUCUGUAUUUUUAAUAUACAUUAUACAUGUU